UAAAGGGAGGAGAAAAGAGAGAGAGAGGCAGGCGCCGUAUAAAAGAAGCACCCUCGAGGUUUCUAAAAUUUAUACCAAAACUUCAUAGGUGAGGACGCUCAGCAGAUCUGACAUUUGCCCUUUGGUGAUGGACCCAGAAGAGACUUCAGGUUACCUGGAUUAUUACUAUGCCACCAGCGCCAACCCUGACAUGAAGGAGCCCCGCCCCCAUGUUCCUCACGCGUCCGCCUUCCUUCCAGUCUUCUACUCCGCAGUGUUCCUGGCCGGAGUGCUGGGGAACCUUGCGCUCAUGGCAGCGCUGCACUUCAAACCCGGCAGCAGGCGGCUGAUCGACGUCUUCAUCAUCAACAUGGCCGCGUCCGACUUCAUCUUCCUUGCCACGCUGCCUCUCUGGGUGGACAAAGAAGCAUCCCGAGGGCUGUGGAGGACGGGCUCCUUCCUGUGCAAAGGCAGCUCCUACGUGAUCUCCGUGAACAUGCACUGCAGCGUCUUCCUGCUGGCGUGCAUGAGCGCGGACCGCUGCCUGGCCAUCGUGUGGCCGGCGCUGUCCAGGAGGCUCCGGCGGAGGGACUGCGCCCGUGCGGCCUGCGCCGGCGCCUGGCUGCUCUCCGGCCUGCUGGGCUUGCCCACCCUUCUGUCCAGGGAGCUCACGCUGCUCGGCGGUAAGCCAUACUGUGCGGAGAAAAAGGCAACGCCAGGGAAACUCGCGUGGUCCCUGGUGGCCUUGAUCUUCACCUUUUUCGUCCCGUUGUUGAGCAUUGUGACCUGCUACUGUUGCAUUGCGAGGAAGCUGUGCGCCCAUUACCAGCAGUCAGGAAAGCAUAACAAAAAGCUGAAGAAGUCCAUCAAGAUCAUCUGCAUCGUCGUGGCGGCCUUUCUCGUCUCCUGGCUGCCCUUCAAUACCUUCAAGCUCCUCGCCGUUGUCUCUGGGCUGCAGCGAGAACGCUAUUCUCCCCCAGCCAUUCUGCAGUUUGGCAUGGAGGUCACUGGGCCCUUGGCGUUUGCCAACAGCUGUGUCAACCCCUUCAUUUACUAUGUCUUCGACAGCUAUAUCCGCCGGGCGAUCGUGCACUGCCUGUGCCCUUGCCUGAAAAACCACGACUUUGGGAGUAGCACUGAGACAUCAGAUAGUCAUCUCUCUAGGGCUCUCUCCACCUUCAUUCAUGCAGAAGAUUUUACCAGGAGGAGGAAGAGAUCUGUGUCACUCUAAAGGGAACUGUGACAUUUCCAGCUCCGUCAUGGGUUAAGCAGUUAAUUUUUGUCAGCCACAAAGAAAGAACUGUUAAUGAUAGGAUUCACAUUGCUUCGUAGAUGCAAGGAAGACUUAAUUUUUAAAGCAAGGUCUGAAAAGUCUCCAUGUUGUGGUUAUAAUUAGGCAUGUGCUGUUUUCUCAGCUGAGCAGCCUUCUUCAACCCUUGCCAAUCAAGUCCACCAGACAAAAUCCAACUCCCAUCUGUCCUUAAACUCUUGGAUAAAGGCUCCAGCUUGAACCAGUCCCUUUCUUCAUGAUUGUUAAUGGGCAUUUGGGCCUUUCCUCUCUGAAGAAACUUGGUACCUUCAAUCCCACCAUCCUUCAGACUGAGCUCCAGAUUGGACUACAUUUAAAUGAUUCUGCCUACUUUCAUCUGAUGAGAAAUGCAGUAACAAUGCAGGUAACAACAAUAUAAUAUACCUGCACUCUGUAAUUAAUUGUUUCUGAGUUACUAACCUAGAUUCUGACCUCAAUCUUUAAAGCUGUAUAUAGUGAUUCUUCAUCAUCUUCCAACAUUGUGCUUCAUCCUAUGCUUAUUCACAAUGACUUUGGACCGGCA